AUGCAUCGGUCUUCAGCUGAAUCUACAAAAGACGAUGUUCAUGCGGAACGGAUGGGUCUCGGAUGCCCCAUUCACGCUCAACGGAACGAACAUAUCCGAAUGCACCAGCUACGUUUAUCUGGGUCGGGAACUGAACAUGAUGAACGACCUGACCCCGAGCUGGGCAGGAGGAGACGAGCGGCUUGGGGAGCGUACAAGAGCAUCGAGGAUGUAGUGAAGAAGACCAGGAACACCCGGCUCCGUGCUCACCUCUUCAACACCACCGUACUUCCUGCUUUGACCUAUGCUUCGAAAACCUGGGCAUUUCGCAAGCAGGAAGAAAACGCGGUGAGCGUCAUUGAACGCGCAAUUGAGAGAGUGAUGCUAGGAGUAUCCCGUUUCACGCAAGUGAGGGACGGGAUUCGAAGUUCUCCCCUACGUCAGCGAUCGAAGAUUAGAGACGCCGCCGCGUUUGCCAAGGAAAGUAAAAUAAGGUGGGCCGGACACGUGAUGCGCUUUAAUGACAACCGUUGGACCAGAGCCGUGAGCGACUGGGUUCCCCGCGAUAUUAAGCGCACUACAGGAAGACCGCCGACCCGAUGGUCAGAUUUCUUCACGAAGUCCUUGAAAGAAAAAUAUGAUGCUCUUCGUGUCCCACGCGAAAGGAGGAACCACUGGGCUACUCUGGCACGCGAUCGGGACAAAUGGAAGAAUUACUGGCGCCCGCUCGACCAGUUCGAAGAUCAACGGGAGUCAAGGUGA